UUGCUGUUAAAGGCAGAAACGUGUUGUGCGCGCCGAAAAAAACCUGUCUGUGACGGAAAUUUCCAUCUGAUUCUGGAAGGUGUUAGCGUUUUAAUUAUUCUUUAAAAGUCAAGUGUUAGAGUUUUUUGAGGAAAUUUUUCUUGGCAUCACCAAGCAGGUUUCGGCGGUGCCGGGCCCGGUGCGUGGCGAGCGAGGCGCACGCGUGUUGCAGCGGAGGGGUGCCGAGAGCUUCGUCGAACCGAACGCGGACCCGAACGCCACGCUAUGGAUCCCAGUAUUCUCAACGCUAUGGAUAAGGACGCGCUCACGAAGCAGAUCCACAACAUGAGGUACCAGUCUACAAUGGAAAGGUGGCCUCUCUCGAAAAGUAUACAAGCGAUGCGAGAGUUCGUGGAGGAGAACGAGAAGAACGACCCGUUGAUCCACGCGCCAGACAAGAAGAACAACCCGUGGGCGGAGAAGGGCAAGUGCACCAUCAUGUAAGACCCUCGGACCCUUGGGCGCGAAUCAACCCCGGAAACGACCAUGAUCUCCAUUCUAUUUUGUUAUAAAUUUGUACAUUUUUCUGCAUCCUCCCCGCGAAACUUCUUCCUGAAAGGAAGAUCCCUCGAUGAUGCUCACCUGCCGGGGCUUAGUGUACAUUUUCAACCUACUUCACCAGUGCCCGACUCCUCCUCGCCGCGCUGCGCCGGCCAAUCGUCGACCUUGUGAUAGAUACUUUGGCCAUGAGGCAUCAUUUUCUUCGUGGUUUUUUUUUUAAAAUUUAUUUAUUUAAUUAUUUUUAUUUAAUUCUCGCGUAAACACUGAGAGAGAGAGAGGAACUUAAUCUUAUUGCGUUAUCUGUGUUUCCGACACUCAUUUUUUUUCCAAAAACAAAAAAACAAAACAAACCAAACAAACAAACAAAUAAUUCACAUUCUACGUUACAUGGGAAGUUGAACCAAAUUAUUUCACCAGAAUCAGCCUAUUUUUAUCAGACGUCGCCUGAUUUCCCAGUAUGUUGUAUUUUUUUCCCCAGAAAACCAAGCAACAAGGUGACUUGGAAUCUUGGGAGUAGGCACCAAUUUUCUUCAUGUUCUGAGUAAAAUUCAAAGAGAGUUUUAAGGCACUAUAUAUGUUGUUUCGGUCUCGAUGACAAAAAUGAAACAAGACAGGAAGUUAGGCAACGUGGAGGAGGGGGUGCUCCGGUGACCACCUGCCGUAUUUGGUCGUGCGUUUGGUUUGGGUGCUGUUCGGUGGUACCAUUCUUGGGUCUGCUGGGCCACCCCCGCCCCGCAUUCAAAAAAUCCCUGGUACAGAUUUUGGUUCUUCUCCACGUUGGCACUUAGGUUGAUUUUCGGUUAAUACAUCUUAUUCGACUUUGAGUUCCUUACGCAAAUGAAUACUGCCAAAAACUCACAGGUGCCACGUAUAAAGUGGAGCGUAGUGGAUUUGCUAUUUUUCAAAAUUUAUCGCAAUUUUUCAAAUUGAAAAAUGAGCGAGUAGGUAAACUAUGACCUUGGAAGUGCAGCUCAUAAAAGAAAUUGUAAAAAAAUGUGGAUGUCGUAAUUUUUACUAGUUUAAAUUGUUCAGCAACAUUUUCUUUUGUAGAUUGCACGUCUCGUGCUAUUAGAGUAGGGACAUCAGGAGUCCAUCAGCACUGUGAAUAGCGUGAUCCCAAAUACUAUUUUCCAUCCGCAGUUCACCAUUGAUGUGUAACUAGGUUGCAUGUAUCUGUUAGAUUUAUUGGUUCAUUCAAACAAUUUAUUCGAUUUGGAAAUUACAACACCGGUAUCUGGUGCCUUCAGCUAAUGAAUAGAACGUUAUUGCAGAAAAUAUUCCCAUCUUUGCGUCGAUCUUCACAUACAUAGAUGUGUAAUUUUCUAAAGAAAGGGUGUGCAAAAAGAAGCUUUACUGAUAAAACUUUGUUAAGGUACGAAAAUAGGCGAAUGCUUCCAUUUUUAAAACGAAUAACCUUUUAAAGUAAAAGUUUUUUUCAUGCCAAAUCCUUUGAUUACAUAGAAACACAUUUUAAAGAAUAAACGUCGCGUCGUAAACUUUCAGAUUAAUUUCCUUCCUCGAGCUACAAUGAUGCACCACAGAUGCCUUUAUUUCUCUCUCUCUCUCCCUCUCUCUCAGUGAAGUAGGCUGUUCUCCCUCCCUCCCUAUACCUGCUAUUUGAUAAGUGCGUAGCAAAUUUCCCCGUCGCUCUCCUAUUUUAAUCGCAAAUAUGUAAGAAAAAGAGAGAAGAAACAUCAGCUCUAUUUUAGUGAAAACUUCAGGGAGCAAGUCCACCUGUAAGCGCUUGUCUCAUCUCGUCAGUUUUUUUUUUCAUUCUCAUUCAAAUAAACAUUGAAAUACUUACGAAUGAAUACAAUCCAGUCAUAGAACAAGGCUUUUCGCAGAAACCAAUUGUUCCCAUCUAUGCUAUAAAUGAUGUGUAAAUAUUCGAAGUAUGAGCUUAAAAAAUAUGGGAGGUUCUGUAUUAAGUGAGCAAAUGUCUCGAUCAUUAACAGGAAAAAACUUUAAAUAUAUCUACGUUUCACCGUACAAGAACCGAUAUUUCAUCACUCGUUUGGGAGUCCAUUCUUCAUUUUUGGGAAAUUUGCAUCAUACGCCUGGAAUAUUGUAAUAAAGAAAGGACUGGAUUGAUGAUUAUUUUAAAGUGGCAAAACAUGCAAUUUUGAUGUAUUUCUGUCGUAUUAUGGGAACUGACUAUCAAAAUUUACCCUGUCAGGUUGUCUAUAACAAUUUUUUUAACCACAUAAAAAACGCGUGUUUUUGAAAUCGCUUCAGAGCUAAAUGACUGGGCUUCAAUUGUUUUUCAAUUUUAACUUUUGUGACAUUAUUGUCAUAAAUUUGUUUGAAAAAUAUUGCAUGGUACAAUCCAAAAUCGACCAUUUAAUCACCCAAUAUACGAAAAUUGUAGGCCUUUUGGUUCUUUUGUCAUCUCUAGUCAUAAAUAUCUUUUCCCAUUCGGAGCUUAUAUCUUUUAUACCUUUUUAGGUGCUGAAUAAUAUGUUUCGAGUACUUUAUUCACGCCUCCCCUCUCCUCAUAAACUACUUAUCGUAGUGUUAUUUUAAGUGUUCAUAUAGUAUUAUGGAAAAUAAUGAUAGGAUACAUUAAGUUUUCGUACCAUUAAACUCGAGUUUAAGCACUUAAUUUUACCGUAAGGACCGUUAAUCUCACGGAACAUUUAUGUCUAACAUACGUGUAGGUUCUACGAUGAACAUACCUCUAUAGUUAAUUUUUUACCGCCAAAAUUUAUGACAGUAUAUUCCUGUAAUAUUCGUCGGAACAAGAGACUUUGUUACACCUAAGUCAUUGCGAGCAUGCAACUUUUACCCAUAUGAUGCAUGAUUGAGGGUUGUUAUACCAGUGGAGAUCCUUAUAAGUUAUGGGAAAACUGUUUAUAAUCCAUUAAAAUCAAUUAUGAGCAAUCGGUUCCAAAUGAGGCAGCCCGCUUCAAUAUAAGAAUCGAUUGUUUUACAUAAAUAAUUUAGAUGGACGAAACUAAAAGUUACCGACUUACCAAAAUCACUGCUGGUUUGUCGCAUAACCUAACGAAGACACAUAAGCAUCUAAAAUACUUUUGAACUGUUUCCUCUCCUUGGCUCUGGCGCUUUUGACGUCAUUUUUCUAGUUUGAGCGAUUAACCUACCUAUCAAAUUUUCAUAUUUUAUAAAAAAAAAUUAAAUACCUUCCUUCUUUUGUUGUAGCUUUAUUAUCUGAACUGAUUUAUGCAUUUUUAAUUGUUUAUAAAUAAAAAUAAAACAUUUGAAAAGCUA